UCAGUAUUCCAAAGGCCCACAACAGCGAUCAUGAAUUGCAUAGGAUUCAUCACAAAUUGUCCACUGUUUCAGCUAAAAUCUUUCUUUUUUUGUAUGAAGUUGAGAACAGGGUGUUUUUUCAUCAGUGUGUUAUACCUGGCUUUGGGCGGUAUGCUUUUUAUAGAAGAACUCUCAUCUGCAGAGUUCAUGUUCUCUUACAGCUUGGAGAACAAAUACGUUUCUGUGUUUUUUGCAUACGAUGUAAUGCCAACUCUUGCAGUCACAUUUGCAAUUUUUUUCAUGUAUGGACUUUACAAGGAACACCUAUUAUUCGUGUAUAGCGGAGUUUCUCUUAUAUACUUCCUUUUUAGCUUAUACUUAUUGAUAAUUGUGGAGGUAGUAAUCGAACAUUAUGAUUUUGAUACUCAGUACAUGUCCUUACUGUUAAUCUUAUUAGGUUUGGCUAUUUUGAAUCUGAUUGUAGUGAAAAGUUAUUACAAUGAGUUGUCUCUAAAAAAGAACAGGACAAGUCAUACAUUAGAAGAACGUCAAACAGCAAACACUGAAUUUGAAAACCCACAAUCGNGAAUAAAACAACUGCUAGAAUUAUCAAUCUUCCAUUAA